UAUUUCAGGUAAUUGCCUGCAACAAACCUGAUAACAUGACUGUCACCAUGAUAAUUUUGCAAAUGGUACUUCUUGCUAUAGGAGUAUAUUCAUUAUCAAUAGAUUCUUGGGAUGUAAAUGACUGGGAAUUUAUCAAUGGAUUAAAUAAACCUGAUUCUUUUAAAACAAAAUCUAUUUUCGAAGACUUCAACAUAAAUGAGGUCACUAGAAAUAAGAAAAGUGCUCCUCGUUGUGCAGUCAAAAUGGUAGCAAAAUAUCAUCCUAAUGAUGGUUUCGAUUAUUAUCCGAAAAAGUACCACGAAUAUGAAUGCGUUCCAGUUACCAACGAUUUAUCGGUCAUAGAUACCGAUUUUCCAUAUCAGGACGUAUGUUUUGUAACCGACAAGGAAUGUGAAAGUAUAGAGAAAAAAGUUAUAUUUGCAAGAAAACAUAACUCUUCACGGGUCUGCGGUAUGGAGCCCCAUCACAGGCCUCUAAAAGUUGGUUGUAGAUGUAUCCAUCAUUAUAAAUAUCACUUUCUUUAAAUUUAAUAUACUACUAAACAUUACUUGAGCCCCUGCCAUGCCAUGUAAAUCUAAAAAUAAUAAAUUUCUGAUAU